UACACGUCCAAACGUAUGCGGAACUUCAGUUGUAAACAAAAACGGACAAUCACUACAUUCCUCUUCUGACCCCCAAAAAUAGAAAAAACGAAAUAUAGUCAUUUCUUGUAGAACGCUGCUUGUUGAAGAUGUUUGGCAGUGGUUGAUGCAAGUGCCAGUUCAUUCCUAUAAGAAGACAUAAUUUGGUGUUGUAGGCCUGCAGAAACGAUUAUAGCCAACAUGUCUAGGAAGCAGACGCCCAAACCUGUACGGAGCAACAAGAAAAGUGAACUGGAACGGAAGAGAGAUGAGAGGGCAGCACGCAGGGCCAUCGUAAAAGACCGCAAGAACCGGCCUCAGGAUGGCGAUGAGGGAGCAGAGUUUGUCAGUUUCUCUAAUCAGCUCCAGGCCCUGGGGCUCAAGCUGAGAGAAGUCCCCGGCGAUGGGAACUGCCUGUUCAGAGCUCUGGGCGACCAAUUAGAGGGUCACUCCCGGGGUCACCUGCGGCUUCGGCAGGAGACUGUCCAGUAUAUGAUGUCCCAUCGACAAGACUUUGAGCCCUUUGUUGAGGACGACGUUCCCUUUGCACAGCACUUGUCCAACCUCUCUCAGCCUGGUACGUUUGCUGGCAAUGACGCUAUUGUGGCUUUUGCUCGCAGUCAGCAGGUGAAAGUGGUCAUCCAUCAGCUCAACACACCACUGUGGGAGAUAAAUGGUGCAGAGAAGCAGGUGUGCAGAGAGCUACACAUCGCCUACCGCUACGGAGAUCAUUAUGACAGUGUGAGGCGGAUUGGAGACAACUCUGAGAGUCCUGCUCAGCUUCGCAUAGAGAAUCUGCAGAAUUCACAAGGCCAGCAGCGCGAGUUUGGGGACGGUCAGAGGGACAGACAGAAAAACUCUUCCCCCACAGCUUCAGAGGAGGACAACGUGAUCCUGAGCUCCAUCAAGAAUCGAGGAAUCCAGGGUGAUGAGGAGAACCUGCUCCAGCUGAGUGCAGCAACCAUCAAUGCAGAAUGGCUUGUUGGCUCCAUGCUGGGCCAGUCCUGUCAGGGCCAGUGUGCCUCAGGAUCCUGCUCAGCCUGCAGAGCUGCAGCCACAGACUGCAGUGAGCAUAAACAGCCAGCAGAGGGAAGCAACAUACAAAAACCAAAGGUAUCUAACAAACAGAGGAAAGAGCAGCAGCGGCACGAGAAGAAGAAACGUCAGGAGGAGAGGCAUCGGCAGAAGUUUCUCCAGAGUAAAGGAAGUCAGGAUCAGAACCAGAACCUACCAGAGGCUGUUACUUUAGUACCAGCUCUCAACACUCUCAGUAUAUAGACUGGAGCAUGGCCAAUAUUACCUACUGCUACUCUAGCUACCGGGGGCUGACGCUGUUUUGCACAUAGUCAAAUUUGAUUCAGUCACAGUGGAUGACUUUUCCUAAAGAGAACCCUAUAGUUUCUUCGCAAACGGUAUAAAGGUGCCUGCAAACUUGUGUGUGUGAGAUGUGUGAAAGUUGUAAAAGAGGGAGAGUGAAAGAGCACAACCUUCAGUGUUAUUGUCGGGUAUUGACUUAAUUCGAUCCCUGGUUGGUGUUGGUGUUGGUGUUCGCAGAAACUCCUCAGAUCUGGUCCACUUCCACUGCUACCUAGCCCCUUUCUAUGCUGGACAUCUGGCUUUCCAUGACAACCAUGCAGGUAAUCUCAUGCAGCUGGGCUUUUUGAUUUGCCACAGAUUGAGUUUAUUCAAAUGUUCAGAUCGUUCUCUUUGUUCAGUCUGACCAAAGGAGGAAGUAAAGGAAGAAUGGGAGAUGAAUGAUUGUUACGCACACUGUGUAAGGAAUGUGGCAAUAAAUAAUAAUAAAUGAUAAUUUACUGUU